CAGUCAUUGUGAAUUGAGAUGCCACUUACCAAACCUCGUCCAUCAGAACUACGAAAAUCAAGCAGUAUGGGGUUGUUCAAACAUAAAGAUAAAACGAGGACAGACGUCGUGAGCGAGGAACCAAGCAGCAAUCGCACCUCUACCUUGAGUCCUGGGCAAGCUCCACAGCAUAACAAUAGCUACCAUGAUUCGGCCUAUUACUCGAACAGCAAUGCGUCAAGCGCUGAUGCUGGAUCAAGUGCUGCACCGAGUCAACCUCCUCCACAGCGCCAGAACCAACCUCCUGGAACGACAGUAACUACAACGACGACCACGACAACAACCACGACAACAGUUGCACCAGAUGGAACGACACAUACUUACUCUGCACCAUACAACCCGUCAACCGACCCACCUCCUCAAGCCUCCGAGACAACAGUUGACAAGAGUCUUCCCGCGAAUGCUGGCACCAACACUGGGAUAUCACCAAACCCUCCGAGCCAAACACAAAAUGGGCAGCAGAUGUACAAUCAAGCACCUCCAACUAUCAAACAGACGAACCCGACUCCCGAUCAAAAUCAAUCUGCCUUUCAACCACCAUCUCGCAGACUCACACCAAAGCAGACACAACCCCAAUAUGCAGCCCCACCUCCUCCCGGAACACUUCAGCCUCAGCACAGCGGGAAUCAAGCAUACAACGGCCAAUCUGCAGGCACUCAACCAACUUAUCAAGCGUACAGCCGACCCGAAGAAGACGUCCCACCAGUCCCACUCUACAAAACAGCCAGCGGAGGAACCACAUCAGGAGGCCGAUCCAUCCCACCUCGUUCCGAGCUCCGCAACUCUCCCGGCCACAGUCCCGCGAACACGACACCGAGCCCAAUCAACACGCAAAACACCUCCAUCGACUCACCACCCAUGCCUCUGCGUUCCCAGAAGCGAAACUCUCGAGACGGACUAGUCGCUCCCUUGAACACGAACCCAGUGUCUGAAUUGCCAGGAAAUUCGUAUCAUGAACAGCCGUUGACGCCAACAACUCCCACCAACGCCGCACGACCUAAGACGCCGAACUUCAGUCGGCCUGGAGUGCACUCUCCUUCCGGGUCUACGACCAAUCUUGCGCAGAGCAAUAUGGGGAAUACGACGACGAUUAGCUCGGGAGUUUCUCCUGUUGCCACUACGACUGAAACGACACCUGCAAAGGAACAUAAAUUAGAAAGAAAGAGAGGAAGUGUAACGGCUGCUAUUAAAGGUCUGCAUGGUGCUGGGGAAGCGCUAAGAGGAACCGUCAACUCCACGAUUGCAAGGGGUAUGCAUGAUACGGCUGAAGAAGAGAGAAUGAGAGCCGUGAGGGACAAAGGGGUGGGUGAGUGGAAGGGGAGUGGAUUGAGUGAACGUGUUCCUGCUGGGAUCAGGGAAGGGUUCAGAGAAAAGGCUGGGGAUAGGUUGACUCGCAGGAGGUUGAGUCAGGGGAAUGGGAUACAUGGAAGUGAAGGCCCGAAUGGGCUGGAUCCAGUGGAAGAGAGGUCGAUUGGGGAUUGAUGAUUACAUGGAGUUAUGAGAUGAUGAGUAAUGGGUUGGUAUAUGAGAAUUACUUGUAUAUGAAAUGGGUUUUGGGAUUAUCGGAUAUCAAGUUUGGGAAAUACAUAGACAAAGGUGUAAAUAGUACGCGAAAAUGUAAUGUACUACUUUUUAG